UCUCUGCUGCUCACUCAGCUGUUACCUCCAUCCAGCAGUGAGGAGCUUCUCCUUCUUCUUCUUCCCUUUCCUCCCUUUGACAGCCCAAUGACCCGCACGUCGGAGAGGAGCAGCAGCUGAUCCCCUCGCACGCACAGACAUGGCUGACGAGGAAAUCGACUACAACAUCGUGUUUCCAGAUGCAGCGACAACGGAGAGACACUGGCAGGGGACCAAGGAGCCGGUGGUGAUCCUGCUCGGCUGGGCUGGAUGCAAAGACAAGCACCUCUCCAAGUACAGCUCCAUCUACAACGAGCAGGGAUGUGUCACCAUCCGCUACACGGCCCCCCUGAAGACGGUCUUCAUCUCCGAGUCGUUUGGCUACAAGGAGCUGAGCAGCACUGCCCUGAAGCUGCUGGAGAUCCUCUUUGACUAUGAGGUGGAGAACAGUCCUAUCUGCUUUCACGUGUUCAGCAACGGCGGCUUCAUGUUGUACCGCUACAUUGUGGAGCUGCUGCACAGCGACGAGCACUUCAGCUCCCUGUGUGUGAUCGGGGCAGUGGUGGACAGCGCCCCAGGGAGUGUGAAUGUCCGAGGGGCCCUGCGCGCACUGACGGCCACCUUGGGGCCCAAGAUCAGUCCUGUUCUGCGGUACGUCCUCCUAGCGCUUUUUGCAGUGACUGUUUUCCUCUUGCGAGUCGUGCUCUACCCAAUUACCAAGUACAUCCACAAGAACCACUACGACGCCGUGCAGGAGAAGCCGCCCGCCUGGCCUCACGUCUACCUGUACUCCAGAGGCGACCAGGUGAUCAGGCACAGGGACAUCGAGGUCUUCGUGGAAGCCGUGAAGCAGAAAGGCGUCCCUGUGGACAGCUUUGAUUUUGUCUCCAGCCCCCAUGUCGGUCACUUCCGGGAUUUUCCCGAGCAGUAUACUCUCAAGUGUCGGGAAUUUUUGGCCACUUGCAUGAAGGACUCAGACGGGACCGAGAUGAAGAAGAGACGGCGGGUUAAAAAUCAAUGAACCCUCACAGGAGUUUGCUGAACCAUCUUUGAAACUGUCCUCAACAGUCCAACCUAAUUCCUUCGCAGUGGUUCUGUAAAGUCCGCUCGAGAAUAAGUACGAAAAUAUCUUAACGACUGCUGGAAUUGGAGCUGAACUGGUAUCAGACCCUGGCAACGCUUCUCUGUCCCAGUGCACAUAAUGGGAAGGUUCCUCAGAUGUGGUCUUGCUUUGUUGGGCUUUGGACACAUCUGGAAAACCAGCCUUAUGACACACUGUCUUUCACAUGCCUCUGGCACAAAGUUUGAACCCAGCCUACUCUACUGUCAUGCACCACAUGUAAAAAUGAUGAUACAAACUUAAUUUCUAUACACUGGAAAAUUGGGACUCAAGUAUGAUGAUCUAAAUGGUAUUUAAUAUUGCUGUUAAAUGUGAUGAGCUGUAGAUUAGUAGUAGUGAUUCUAAACUAAUACGACUGUUUAUUGGACAACAUUAAUCUGUAUCUUAUAUUUAUAAGAUUUAAAAUGUUUUUUGGGAUAUAAUCAUUGAAAAGAAAUUGCAGGAGUGCUUACGAUGAAGGCGUCUUAUAAACAUUAAAAUGUGUUUUCCUAAUAUAAUAAAGUAUCAAAAUGUUUGCCUUAAGCAGUAAAUGCAAUCUGGUGCAUUUUUAGGUCCAGAAAUUGUAGAAUAGGCAGCCCUUAAUAUGUGAUACGAAACUGAUAUAGUUCAAGGGAUAAGGUGAUUGACGAUGAAUGUAUAUGUCCAGCACAACCUCUGUUCUUUAACUGAUGUGCCUUCAAUAAACCAGAAUGCUCAUUAAAAA